UUGGACAUUAUGCAAGCUUCUAAAUUUCUUGUAGGCACCAAUUAUACAGCUCUGACAUGCUGUUUGAGACAGAAAUUGUGGAAGCAAUCUGCUAUAUAUGGCUUGAAAUGUCAACGUCGCUUCCAGAGCGCCGAGGCACUUGCUGUCCCAACUGCAGAAGGGGCACCCAAGGUUUACCCUGAAAAAAUUCAGUCAAUUGUGUCCCAGAUCUCUCAGCUAACACUUGUGGAGGUAGCAGAUUUGAAUGAAUUGCUGAAGAAGACUCUAAACAUUUCUGAUGCCCCAGUGAUGGCUUUUGGUGCUGGAAUGCCAGCAGCAGCUCCGGCACAGGAGGAAGAGGAUGAAGAGGCAGCUGCUCCAAAGAAAGUUCAGACAAGUUUCACUAUCAAGUUGAUGAAGUUUGAUACAGCAAAGAAGGUAGCACUUAUUAAGGAAGUAAAGGCCUUGCUUGAAGGCAUGAACCUUGUCCAGGCAAAGAAGUUUGUUGAAAGCUGUCCUACAGUUGUGAAAGCUGACAUUCCAAAGGAUGAAGCUGAAAAGCUGAAAGAAGCUCUUACAGCAGUUGGUGCUGAAUGUGUAAUUGAAUAGAACAUUCGUUUGUUCAUAUUUUGAAGACAAAGAUCAGUCAUUGGAAAAUUUCCAUUUUUUGUUUGUGGAAUGACUCAUGUAAAUAGGCAGUAUGAUAUCUGUAUUGAAAGAAAUGUGAUUGUAUGCUUUUUUUUCUUAACAUAAUUAGCUUUCAAUAAAAUAGUGAAAGUU